GUUCAAUUGUUAACCACCAAUCAGCAAAACAUCUGACAUGAUGCAAAUCUUGGUAUACUUGCUUAUUUUGAUCACACAUCAGAAAAGAUGCCAUUUAGAAAUUGACGUGAACUCCAUUGAGCUACUCAUUAUAAUUCACCAUCUACUUUAUUUUUUGUCUCUGACCCACAUUAUUUAAUUUGUCAUAUCAGUAUAAUUAACAAUGACAAUUCAUAAAAAAACUCAAGGUCACGCCAAUGGCUGCAUUGACCUACUGCCUACCUACACCACCUGCCCUAAACCCUCUGUACUGUAAUUGCCUUCAAUUUACAAGAAAGUCCAAUGCCUGUCGUAUUUGCUGAAAUAAUACUCUAUUUUAGUUUGUGGUAAUGUGAUUGGAAGACAACUUCAUUGCGAACAUACAUGUGCGGAUAAUAGAAAGACGGAUAAUAAGCCUCUUAAUACCAGGCUUUGCCUCAGGGAUACUUAACAAAUAUACAGUUGGUUAAAUUACCAUAAAACAAUUGACAAGCAGCCUAGCUUUUGGGGGCCCGCUGGAUCUCAGUGCCCCAGGCAGGUGCCAGCUUCAGUUGAUAACACAGGCUAUUAUUUGGUAAAAUAAUAAUUUUAAUAUUUUUAUUUUUGACUCUUGAGUGUUACAUUAGUCAACAGGGGAUAUCUGAAGUAUAUUUUAUUCCUUCAUUUUCGAACGUGAUACGGUUCACACUCUUAUUUUGAAGCCCUACAUCCUACAGGUUCCGGUCCCGUUCGGCUCUGUUCGCUCAGCUUGACUCCUCCGCGCGAUAAGAGGGGGGACGAUCCUUAGAGCGAGCUCAUUACUGCACGAAUCACUCCCAGUCGGCGACAGUGUCCGCAGGUCCCAAUGAGAGAACUCAGCCUGAACUCGGGCUGCCUUUCCUAACCCGGGCUCGACCUUCCUCCCCAAAUGCGCUGACACGUCUCCUGACAUCACACACAUCCCGUCGGCUGGCGGAGGGAUCGUCUACUUGGCUGGCUUUGACACAUUGCGAGUGAACACGAGAGACGCGCGCGCACGGCGGAAGAUGUUGCUGAAGGAGUACAGGAUAUGCAUGCCACUCACAGUGGACGAGUACCAGAUCGGCCAGCUGUACAUGAUCAGCAAGCACAGCCACGAGCAGAGCGACAGAGGGGAAGGAGUGGAGGUCGUCCAGAACGAACCGUUCGAAGACCCGACGCACGGCCAAGGACAGUUCACAGAGAAACGAGUCUACCUCAACAGUAAAUUACCCACCUGGGCUCAAGCAGUGGUUCCCAAGAUCUUCUACGUGACAGAGAAAGCGUGGAACUACUACCCUUACACCAAAACAGAAUACACAUGCUCAUUCUUGCCCAAGUUCUCCAUCCACAUAGAGACAAAAUAUGAGGACAACAAAGGAUGCAAUGACAAUAUCUUUGACACCGAGCUGAAGGAGCAGGAGAGGGAGGUGUGCUUCAUCGACAUCGCCUACGAUGAGAUCCCCGAGCGCUACUACAAAGAGUCUGAGGACUUGCGCUAUUUCAAGUCAGAUAAGACGUCGCGGGGGAUUCUUCAGGAGGGCUGGAGAGACACCCAGGAACCCAUCAUGUGCUCGUACAAACUGGUCACCGUCAAGUUUGAGGUGUGGGGUUUGCAGACCCGUGUGGAGCAGUUUGUACACAAGGUGGUUCGGGAUGUGUUGCUGCUGGGACAUAGACAGGCAUUUGCUUGGGUGGAUGAGUGGAUCGACAUGACAAUGGAUGAGGUGAGAGAGUUUGAGCGCACCAUCCAGGAGGCCACCAACCAGAAGAUAGGGAUUUUCCCACCGUCGAUCUCCAUCAGCGAGACGCCCCUGUCUUCCUGUUCCCUCACCGGCCAUGCCAGCGCCCCCACCACCCCCUUGUGCACUGAUGCGCCUGAGUCCCUCUCCGUCUUCAAGGACCGACCCCGCAAACAAUCUGCACCAGAAGCCCUUACCCUUCCUGAUCCUGACAAAAGUGGCGUUCCACAGGGCUCUCCCAUGAGCCCACUACCCAUUUCAAACGACCUCCAAUCAUCCACACCACCCGGCUCCAACGCUGAUAUUGCUGAACUGAAUGAGCAGUAGAGGGGCCGCUGGAUGUCUUCCCCCACCCCAUGCUUUACUUAUUCCCCCAACCCCAUUGUCUUAUUAGCCCAAUGAGACUUGCCUCACCUUUUUACACAAGUGGCCAGACAUUCAAGUUCUCUAGCCAGAUCUAAGGAUUUGCCAUAAACCUGGACACACGACAGUCACAAUCGCCAUUGAAGUCUACAUCAGUGCUGAUGAGACAGCUGUAGGCUGAGCCACCUUGUUGUAGUUGGCCUGUGAGCUGAGUCAGCCACAUGUCUCAUCUAGUAAAACAACCAUUUGUAAUGUCUAAUUAAAACAAAGUGCAUCUUUAGUUAUUUUUUGUUGAUCAGCAAAAGAAUAAUUUUGUAUUGUUGUGUUUCCUGAAGUGUUUCCUUAUGUUUUCUUCAAUCAGACAAGCCAAUUGCUUUCAAGCUGUUGAACUAAGACGUAAAUGCCUUAGCGCCACAGAGCCAGUGGUGUUUAUUAGUUUUGACAAUGUGUGCGAAUGAAUGCAUGACAAACAUUGUCCUUUGUAAAAUGGCUGUCUUGAUGCAAUUAGAAAUCGAUGACACAAACUAGAGCAGAACAGUAGAACUAAUGUGCUCGAGCAACACACACCAGAAGGACAGCCAGUACCCUCAGAACAGAGCCGCUUAGCAACUGUUUCCUGAGCAGGCCUGUGGAUCAGAUUGCACUUGUCUUUUCAAUCCCAUACUCCAAUUAUACAACAGAUGCAAGAUCAGUACAAUCACAGAGAGUUUACACCUCAGGUCUCCCCAAUUCUGCCUAGCUCACACUAAGGCAGAGAUAUUAUUGUACCUUUCUCUCCCUGCCUAUUGCCAAACAGCCACAUUUUAUACCUCCACAGAUAUAACAAUACAUCAACUAUUGUAUGUACUGUACCAGUCGACUUAACACUUGGACUGUUUACACAUCCGAAAACCUUGGCGCAUUCGCAUAAUAGCGGUAACAUUGUACCUUAAGCUGUUCUAUCUGCACUGGUGGUUUUAUGAUGAAGAUUUAAAAUAGAAUAUGUUGGAGUUUUAUUACUGCAUAUACCUUACUCAAGUUGACUGAUUACAACAACAAAUACACUGAAAUUAAAAGUUGCCUGAAACUAAUGCUGGACAAUUGGAUCAAAAUCAGCAAAUCACAUUAUUAUCAUAGGAACAAGGCCAUUUGGGUAGUUUUUAAACAUUUGCUGAUUGUUGUGCACAUGGAGAUAGUGACAACCCAAAGCUUGAUUUUAAGGAGCGGGGCACAUGCAUCAAGCUGACUUGAGAAUGUGCUUUGUUGGCGGCAGAGCAUUUGCAGAACUGCUGAUACUUUUUACUUUGCCAGUGCUGGUUGGCUAAGCGGGAGCUGGUGCUUUGGUGGGCGUGGAGAAUGAUUUGGAAAAGAGGAAAUCCUUUUGCUGUGCCCGUUUACGUGUGCUGGCCUUGUACUGCUGAUUACCAUUUUUAAGGAGAAACAAAUACACAAGGACAGGAUUAUUCUUUGAGCCCCUUUGUUUCCACAGAAUGAUUAAAUGAAGGGUUUUUAAAUGCAUGGAAUGUUCACAACGUAUAUACUAUCUACAGUAUAUGUGUAUAUACUGUAAGAGAAUAGAUUGGUACAGUAUAUUUGGUGAUGCAACUAAAUGGGGAAAAAAAGAAGUUAAUUCUAACUUUGAAAGCUCGGUACUAGUGUUGUAUAAUAGAAAAAUCUGAUUUUGACUGAAAUGUCAGCAUGCCCAGAAGAGAAUAUAGGCCUAAAAACUCUUUGAACUCAGUGCCUCUGCAUGAAACUAGUGUAUCAUCUCCAACAAGUGAGUAAACCAAAAUCUAUUAUAUUUCAUCUGUACACAAAAUUGACACGUCAUGACAUUUCUUUGCCUGUUUUCUAUCUCAAAUGUUGCAUUUAACCAAGAAUAAAAAUUAGCUACAGCUCCAUAGUAGCUAAACCAGAAGAUUAUCAGAUCACAUCAAGCAUAUCAAACUACAUCCUCAGACUCUCAAGUAUCAGGGUUACCUUUUAACUUUAUUGUUUGUAUUCCAGGAAAUUACAAAAUUUGUGUUCCUCAGUUCAUACAAAAUUACUUUUAACCUUACAGCGCAAAUGCAUUUUGCACUUUCCAGUUUUUUCAAAUACACCUUAUUUAAAAAUGAAGAAAUGUGUCACACAACAGUCUUGGCUGGGUUUGUUGGACCAAGUCCUAUGAUACAGCAUAAUGCUUUAGAAAAGAGCAGUUCCAGAAGAGAGUCCUUAGUGGUCUUGCCAUAAAACAUUGUUAAUAUUAUGUACAGUUUCUCACUUGCUUUUGUAAAAAAAAAAACUGUAGCUAUUUAUCUGUAACGGUAGCUUUUGUCUUUGCUUUUUGAGGAUAAAAACGUUAUAAACCAGUUAUUGGCAUACGUUUGAUAUAUGAUAUGAUAUAGGCCCUCUGUAUUGAUUUAGUAUCCAUAGAUCAUACAUACAGCUCUGGUAUUGACCAUCUCUCUUGUCAGGAAUAUAGAGAUCUAGGGAUACGUUUGAUCUACCAUGGACUUAAAAACAAUGCACAUAAUAUCUAAUUGUGUAACAUUAAGCUCUGCUCUGUUUAAAAGAGUAACAUAUUAGCUAUUGUAUAUACUACAGUUAAUAACUGAUAUGGUUUCUUACAUUGAAACUGACUUCAAGUUGCAUUACUGAUGUGAAAAGAAUGUGAGCAGGAUAUUCUGAAGUGUUUGUGCAAUAAGGAGGAAUUCAAAGUUUGUUUAAAUCUAGGAAUAAUAUGUGUCUUUAUCUAUGAAGUCAUUGUCAUCUAUUGAGGAUACUGACUUUUGUCAAGUUUAUUCUUCUUAAUCGAGUAUCAAUAAUCCUCUUUGUAGUGGUGCACUAUAUGCUUUUGGUGACAAUGCAGGGCAACAUUAUUUGUACACGUAAAACAACUAAAUUAAGCUUUUCUUUUAGCUGCUUUCUCGUUACUUGCCAUGGUAAUUAAGAGGUUGAUUGACUUUUCUGUUGUUAUUUUUUUUUUGUAAACCUGCUGUACUUUAAAUGUGUGCUCGCUGUAUUGUUUGAAGGAAACUCUUAAUUAGUUUAUCAUUAUUCUUUGGAUUAAAGGACCAAGCUUAUUGCGCCCCCUCCCCCUAUUGAAGUGUGCAUUUGGCCACACUGUUUUGCUGUCUUCUGAUAAUUGGGAUCUGUAUCACCAGCCAGGAUCACUGAGUUAGCUGCAGUGAACCGUAACUCUGAGGAACGCCAGGAACAGCCCGGUGUAUUUCACCCGGUGCUGGAGAUCUUCUGCAGCUUUCUACCUGAAUCCCGCCGUGUGAAACGAGUCCUAAACGUGCCAAUUGUGUUCGGCUGCUGGAAGUCGCUCUCAGUUCUUCCACUUUAUCUAUUAUUGUGUUUGUUAUAUUCUUACUUGCCUUUGAGGUUCAUUUGGUUCUUUGCUGUAAUUACUUUGGCUGAAACAUACAAAUAAACUUAACUAGCUAUUGCAA